AUGAUCCUACAUACCGUCCUUCUUACCGUUGCUGACAUUGUGGUAGACGGUGCGAAUAAACAGCCGGUGGCCAUUCUUCCCGAAUUCCGCCUAGCCGCAAGCGAGGGAGUUCUCAUACGCAACCCCGAGACUCGGUUCGAGACCUGGCUCACAGGCACUGUGGAUUACGGCAUGUGUAAUUACGAGUCAGAGGCCGCUCGCCAUCGAGUCUUUGCCGGCAAAUUUCAGGAUCUUCUGCCGUACAUCAAGAGCCGAAUCUUCUUGGUUGAAGCAAAGAAGGAGGACCACGACUUAUGGCAGUACAUACCUGAGGCUGCAAGCCAGGCUAUCGUUAUCAGCGAGGUUUCGGGGGAGAAUGUUGUUCGUUUUGUUGUAUCGGAUGGUCAGAGCUGGAUCUUCUGCCUCUUUGAGAAAGACAGCGAUGGGACAAGGAUUGUAUACGAGGGGAAUCCAAUGCUGAAGAUCAUGUCGGGCGACGUUGCAAAGGGGGGAACGGUUUCCAAGGAUAGCGUCAAGAAGAUUGUGAGCUUGUUGCACCAUUGGUUCGUUGAUAUGAGCGACCCGCUCGAAGAUCCUCUUUAUACUUUGCUGCGCAACCCUGCCCGCCAGCUCAUGACGGACCCUGUCUCUAAAGACAGUCAUCGCGAAGAAUUCCGCGCCGAAGAAGAUUUGAGCUGCAACCUUCCGUCGCAACCGCUUCAAGGGUGCUCAGACGGAAGACAGCGUAAAAAAAGAAAGUACUAG